AUGAAAGAAAUCGAUGAACAAUGUAGCAAGUUAUGUAUACGAAAACGCCGCGACCAAGGACAAGAGCUUUCUGUGUUACAUGUCAAAAGAAAAGACACAAAACAGAAACUGGAGGAGCUUACUUGGGAACAAAUUUUGGAAGAAAUGAAGGAAAGAGCACCAGAUGUUCUUGACUUUCUUUGUUCGAUCAGUGUUCCAGUACUAAAAGAUACUGACAAGUAGGUCGCACCGCUUUGUGUGGCGUAUGGUAUUUUGCUAAACAACAGAUGGAGAGAACUCAAUCUAAUCCAGAAAGUUGUGACAACCGUAUUUGGAGUAGGACAUUGUACAGCGAAGGUAAAUUAACCCUAAUCCCGAGUCUUUCCAUGUGAAAAUUAAUGAAUUUUCGAUAAAUUAAUGUUACUCAAACUGAUACUCUCAGUUCAUCUACGCCCACUCAAUGUGGCGAAUACACUGAAUCAGGCUGGUCACGUUGCACCUAGAUUUUUUAAAGUUCAAAUGUAAAACUAAGGAUAACUAACUAAAUACAUAUAUGAUGUGAAAGAAUAUAUUUUGGGCCCAAGUACCUGUACAUUUAUUUCCACGUCGCACCAAAAAUCUAGGUGUCACGUGAGCAGCCUAAGUGGGUGGGCGUAGAUGAAGAGCCUGCGCAUCAGGUUGGAAUUUUAGUAUACUUUCUUUAAAAGCACUUAUAAUAUUACAUUAACCAAAACAGGCAGACUUGACUAAUUAGGAGUCUUUUUGGCGCGUGAACCAAAUAAAAACUAUAUUCAGAUUUAUGCACUGCCACUAGAUAAUUUUAUAAUCAUAUGAAUCGAAAUGGUUUCAGCAUAUCAUUGUCUUUCAUAAAGACGUUUGAAAGAUGCAGCGCCCUUGGUAUCUGUCAGACACGGCCAUCGUACAGAAACCUGCUAGACGACCUACAGGAUGGUGUUUCUGAUUAUCUCAGACAACAGAUACAAAAGGGGAAGGAAAUUCGAAUGACAUUUGACAACUUUGACUUUAGGAUUUUAACCAACAUCAUAAUCAGUGGCUACAAAAAUUCUGAUAUGCAUUUCUGAUAGGCGCGAAGAAAACCAGGGCGGGGUGUGAUUACUCUAGCGACAGAUUUGAACAUCUCAUCGAACUUCCAGCUGUUUGGCAUGCAAAACAGUUUAUUUUAACCGUAAGUUUGUAAUAUGAUUUCUACCUGACGAUUUUAUAAAUGGCCUCGUUUUCAUGUGGCUUUUCCUUAUAUUUCAUACACAAUAUGUUCAAGGAUAGACUUCAGAUUGGGAUAAAUAUCAUACAAAAGCGUAUUAGUGCUGCGGUUUUGUGCGCUUGUCAUGCUUAAUAACAUGGAAACGGGGCCAUUUGGAACAAAUUUCAAUGAACGGCAAAGACCAUUGAUAAAUCGUUACAUAUCAUUUUCACCACGCAAAGCAUGCGAUUCAAACGAAAAGCUCAAUUGUUACACAAUCGGACGGUUUACUGUAUAAUAUAGAACGACAGAAAGUUUUGUAAGAAUACGUCUACAUGUAGAAUCAAUUAAAAUCAUAUUGAGUAUUGUAUAAUUAUUUUCGAUGAUGCGUUUAGAACUUUGUUCCAAAUUGUUUUAAACAUUCUCCUGAAAAAUCGGUAAAGUUUCUUAACUCAAAAUUAUCUUUGAGCCACUCUUAAUUGUUUCAACUAAAUUGAAAACAUUUACAUAAGAAUUGAAAGUAGUUUUAUAUUGAACACAAUUUCUUUGUUUUACAUGCAGACAAUUUGGAAACAGUUGUAUAAUUCAAAGAGUGCGAGAGAUGUUGGUACCAUGUACCAUAUCCGCCAAAAGUUUGGCAAGAAGAAUGUUUAUGCAGAUGCAAAAAAGAAUUUCAAGGCGUCUGCCGAGCUGUUGCAAGAGGUAACGAAGUCAUAUGUGUGCGAAGCAUUUAUGGAAUGGGCUGGUAUGGAUGACAUGGAUGAAGAACCACUGAACAUAGAGAUUCCACAUGCCAACACCAACCAUCUGGUUAAAAAAAGGUUCAUGGAAUCAGUUAUUGGAAACUUUGUGGACAAAUUCAUUCUACCUGAUCUAAACGCUGAAAAAGCCCUGAAGUUGAAAAAAGGUCCACCCAAGGCUCCAGUUGAUAAUUAAAUAGACAUUUCUUAGACUUGGUUUACUAGUGACUGUUACGCAGUUUCACAGUGAUACGACUAUGUUAAAUAAAUAAUUUGAAUAUGUGCAUGAAUAUGCUAAACUGUAACCGAUUAUAUAUUUUACUUUCAUAGAUCGACCGUCUCCACAGCAGUCCUCAAUCACUACACCUGACGCAGAAAACACAUCAAGUACGAAGUUUGUUAUUAAAAUUGACACAAAGAAAAUCUACACACAAGGUUUGUCUGCAUGCACUGUAAUAAUAACGAUAACAUGAUAUUAUUCUGCCAUAUAUGCAUAAACUGCUAUUAGAACAUAUCGUAAGUACAAAGAUGCAAAAGUAAAGUUUAUUAUCGAAAAGAAUGCAGGUAUACUUAAGUCAUUCAUGGAACACAUAUGAUAUGCCAAUCUCUUCCCUGGUGUAUUGUAUCUACUUUCAGAAUAACUUUCACCUGAGUACACUGCACCAACACAGAAAAAAUCAUGAAUACUAGAUUACAUCGAUAUCGAAGGAGAGGUGUGCAUCGGAUCGGACGUUUAUAAUCCAACAAUUGCCUAAUGUUUUAAAUCCGAUCCGAUAUUGUCUAAUCCGAAUCCGAGUUUUGAAAAAGAAUUCCAAUCCGAUUCGAAGAAUUCUUUAAUAAAAUGAAUUGAGAAAUGUUUAACUAAAUAAAUAUAAAAGCAAGAAAUACAUGUCAAGAAGCUGACAAAGUGACGUCCAAUUGAAGUAUGCAACGAAUAAUACAGCGACAACCGCGAUGAUACUUUGAUAAAUGCAUGGAUAAUUAAUUCUUGCGAUAAUGCGUGGAUAAUUAAUUCAUUUUAUUUCGGAUAUCGAAGUCAGAUCCGACAACGAAACAACUUUAUCAAUCCGAUAUGAAUAUUUUGGUUCCGAAAUCCGAACGAAUCGGAUCGGUUUCGGAUCGGAUUUGCACACCUCUACUAUACCGCGUGCUCAGCUGCAGAGCAUGGGGCUAGUAUUCCAAAGGUCGCAGGUUCGAUUCCCACCGUGGCAAGGCAUAUUUUUCAAGCUUGCCCGGUGCGGAUAUACAGUAUACACCGAGUAACAUCACAAGCAUCAUAUUCACCUGAGAACAUUACACCAACACAGAAAAAAACCACUUUCUUCUUUCUUAAAAUUUUAGAUGAAACAGUGGUUCUACUAAAAAAGAAUCUUAAAGAACUUGUGGGUAUAGGCAAAGUACAAACUGUAACCGAUCAGCAACCAACUUACGUAAGCCCAGACAAAUGUCAAAUAAAGAUCACCGCCAUAUUUAAUGCAGGAUUAGUGGACGUACAGGACCUGGUUAAAGAUCAAGAUUUUCAACAGGGACAAAGCGUUUAUUGGCCCAAAAAAUAUAUUGGAAAAACAGUUCAGGUGAUAGCAGCAAGUCAACCAAGCACAAACAACGCUAAUCAUGAGCCAGUCCAAGAUUUAGUGCAAGAUCCCCUAUUGCAAGAUCCCCUACUGCAAGAUCCCCAAGCUGAAGAUCACGUGUUCAACUACGGUCUGCAGAUCAUGCAAAUGGGUUUGUUCUUCAUGCAACUGGAUGACACAGAACACGAAGGUGACGGAGAACGGAUGAUGAGAAAUUGGAAGUUGCUGAUGUUGUACGGAAGAUCGACGGGGAGGUCUAAGAAAUAUGCUUACGAAGCAAUGCGACUGCUGACAUAUUGUAAAGCAUUAUUUACUGAGAAAUUAGCACACAAAGCUAUUCAUGGGCAGUUUGUGAAUCCUUCUGGUGGAAAGGGAAACAAUUAUGCAAAUGAUCUUAAGCAAGAACAUUUAGUCAAAUGCAACAAGGUGAUCUUACGAGGACUAUGUGGCAACAAAACUUUGAAAGCUGUCACUAGGGCCACAAAAAGUUCGUAUAACGUGAAGAAAAUAACAGACAAUUUCGGCAAGCAAUCAAAUAUAACACCACAAUCCAAAUCACACACCUACGGAGACCCACACAACGAUGUAAAACAAAUGGUGAAAGUUCUCAGGAAGUUAAGACCAUUCCACUAUUCUGAAGGACGAAAACACGCAGCAUUUCCCACCAUUUCGAACAGUAUACUUAACAACAUUGACACUACUUCUCUUGACGCGUGGUUAACAUCCAGGAAAAAUGCCAUUGCCAAAAAUCCAUUCUUGGGGUACGAGCCAGAAGAUGGAGAAGAAAGCGAGGAAGAAGACGAAAACGCUGAAGAUGUAAAUGAUGAAGUCGAAGGUUUGACAGAAGAUGAAGAUAUGUAA